CCGCGCCUUCGCCCAUAGCAAACAUCAAAGCCCUUGAGCUCAUCCUCCCUUUCUCUUCUGUACUACACUGUUUAACAAACCGCCAUCAUGACGGACGUGCUCGCGAUCGAAGAGGCUAACAAGAUCCGCAAGGCCAUGGGCCUUGCUCUCCUGCCUAUGCCAGGUCAAUCGUCCGCUGGCCCUACCUUCAAGGCAUCCAAGCAAGACGGCGAUUCCGACGAAGAGCCUGCCAGUACACUCGAGACGCGCGAGGCCGCAGGCUGGGACAACUGGAAGAGGCUGCAGGACGAAAAGGAUGCUAAAGCAAGGCGCGAGGCGAAAGCCGCCGCCAUUAAGAAGGAGCGCGACAAAGCCCAGCGCUAUACGAAACUCAAAGGCAAAGGUCUUGCCGACGACGUUGACGACAUAGAUGAUGUUGCCUGGCUCAAGAAAUCUAAGAAACGCCAGAAGGAGAUCGCAAAGGCCGAGCAGAUCCAAAAGGAGUUCGAAGAGCAAGAGAGGCAGGCGCUGCUCGCCCGCCAGUACGGUGAAGCCGAUCUGGCAGGCGUUAAGGUUGGGCAUGAAUUGGACGCUUUCGGCGACGGCGAAGACCAGAUCCUAGUGCUGAAAGAUACCGCGGUUGAUGUAGACGAAGAUGACGAACUCGAGGCUGUCGCACUUAAGGAGAAGGAGAGGCUGCAAGAGAGGCUCGACUCGAAGAAGCGCAAACGGGCAUAUGACCCGAAUGAUGUGGACGAGGCGGGUCAGCACUCGAUCCUCGCACAGUACGACGAAGAGAUUGACGGCAAGAAGCGCAAUGCUUUCACAUUGGACGGCCAAGGAAGGACGGUCGAAAGUCUGCAGCGUUUAGCAUCCGAAGGAGCAUCAAAGCCGAAGCAGGUAGCUAUCAGUCUGGAUAUUCUCAAGGACGAUGCCCCUGUCAACGACUACAUGGACAUCUCUGAGGUCAAGAUCAAGAAGCCAAAGAAGAAGAAGUCAAAAUCAUCGCGCAAGAAGCGUGUAGAGGAGGACGAAGAUAUCUUCCCGACUCUUGGCGACGAUGCUCCCACCGAAGAAGCAAUGGAUCUUGGAGAGGAUAAACCUAUUACUAAAAAGUUGAAGAAGAAUCUUUUCGACCAGUCUUUUGUGGACGACGAUGAUCUUCAAGCCAAGCUUGCUGUUCAGCGCCGAGAAGCGUUAAAGAAGCGGAAGAGGACACGCCCCGAGGAUCUAGCACGCCAGCUCCGCGAAGAAGCCUCUACUACCCCAGAAGUCGUGAUGGAUACUACUGAAGCCGGUGACGAUGGGGAAGAACCAGGUCUUGUCAUUGACGAAACCACCGUGUUCGUUCAGAAUCUGCAACGAUCCAGGUCGGAAGAACAAGAAGAGGGUCGUGGACGCCAGCGCCGCAAGUCCAGUCAUCCAUCCAACGGUAUUGCUUCUAUGGACCCAGAUGGCGACGUUGAAAUGGGACAGUCCUACGCCGAGGCUGCCGAGGCUGAGGACCGUGCAGAUUUUCGUGCCCGCAGCGCUUCCGCAAACGUGACAACCAACGGUAUCGACCAAGAAGACCUUGUUGAAGGUGGCCUUGGUGCCACCCUCCGGUUGCUCAAGUCCCGCGGUCUUGUUCAAGAUGCCGAGAGUGGCGAUUUGAAUGCUGUCUAUCGCGAGCGUCAAAAAUUCCUUGCCGACAAACAACGUGCGGAAGGUGCAGCAGAGCGUUUAGCGAGGGAACAGCGUGAACGCGAGCGCCAGUCUAACAGGUGGAACUACAUGACAACCAAAGAGCGAGAGGACUGGUCCCGCAGAAAGAACGCUGAACGUGACGUGGCCGAGAGCCGGAAAUUGGCCGAUAUUUUCAACAAGGAGUAUAAGCCAAACGUACAACUCAACUAUGUUGAUGAAUUCGGUCGUCAAAUGAACCAAAAAGAAGCCUUCAAACACCUGAGCCACCAAUUUCACGGCAAGGGCAGUGGAAACAACAAGACCCAGAAGCAUCUUGAAAAGGUUGCUGCCGAGAAGAAGAAGAUGGCGGAGAGUUCCCUGGAGGCUAGUGUGAAGGGUGGAAUAGGCAGCGCUUUGGAUCAGCAAUCCAAGAAGCAUAAACAGGCUGGUGUUCGUCUCCAGUAGACGCCUUGUUGGAUCGGAGUUUCGGUCAUCUUCAAGGUCAGUAGUAUCUACAGAAUGCAUCAUAGGGGCUCAGUUAAUGAACAAUUGUCC